AUGGAAGAACUCAUUAAGAACCACCAAAGGAACCAUCAAAGGAACCACCGAAGGAACCAUCAAAGGAACCAUCAAAGGAACCACCGAAGGAACCACCGAAGGAACCACCGAAGGAACCAUCAAAGGAACCAUCAAAGGAACCACCGAAGGAACCAUCAAAGGAACCACCUAAGGAACCAUCAAAGGAACCAUAAAAGGAACCACCGAAGGAACUAUCGAAGGAACCAUCAAAGGAACCACCAAAGGAACAUCAAAGGAACCAUCAAAGGUACCAUCAAAGGAACCACCAAAGGAACCAUCAAAGGAACCACCGAAGGAACCAUCAAAGGAACCAUCGAAGGAACCAUCAAAGGAACCACCGAAGGAACCAUCAAAGGAACCAUCGAAGGAACCAUCAAAGGAACCACCGAAGGAACCAUCAAAGGAACCAUCAAAGGAACCACCGAAGGAACCACCGAAGGAACCAUCAAAGGAACCACCGAAGGAACAAUCAAAGGAACCAUCAAAGGAACCAUAAAAGGAACCACCGAAGGAACUAUCGAAGGAACCAUCAAAGGAACCACCAAAGGAACAUCAAAGGAACCAUCAAAGGUACCAUCAAAGGAACCACCAAAGGAACCACCAAAGGAACCAUCAAAGGAACCACCGAAGGAACCAUCAAAGGAACCAUCAAAGGAACCACCGAAGGAACAACCGAAGGAACCAUCAAAGGAACCAUCAAAGGAACCAUCAAAGGAACCACCUAAGGAACCACCGAAGGAACCAUCGAAGGAACCAUCGAAGGAACCACCGAAGGAACCACCGAAGGAACCAUCAAAGGAACCAUCAAAGGAACCUUCAAAGGAACCAUCAAAGGAACCAUCAAAGGAACCACCGAAGGAACCACCGAAGGAACCAUCAAAGGAACCAUCAAAGGAACCAUCAAAGGAACCACCUAAGGAACAACCGAAAGAACCAUCAAAGGAACCAUCAAAGGAACCAUCAAAGGAACCAUCAAAGGAACCGCCUAAGGAACCACCGAAGGAACCAUCAAAGGAACUGUUGUGGAAUUUCUGCACAUAA